AUGGAAGUAUCUAAGGAACAUUUGAGGCAUAUAAUGCUUUAUGAGUUUAAAAAAGGGAACUCUCCAGCCGGAGCGACUCGAAAUAUUCACUCAGCUUAUGGAGAAGAAUGCCUGAAUGAAAAAACUUGCAGAAGAUGGUUUGCAAAAUUCAGAAGUGGAAAUUUCACCCUUGAAGAUGAAGACCGAACAGGACGUCCAGUUGAGUUUGAUGAUAUGCUCCUUGUGCCAUCACUUGAUGAAAAUUCUGCAGUAUCAGUUAAAGAAUUGGCAAUGAAGCUUGGUUCAAACCAUACAACUGUUCAUCGUCAUCUUCAACAACUUGGAAAGGUUCCUAAACUUGGAAAAUGGGUGCCUCAUGAAUUGUCUGAAGUGAACCGUAAAUCGCGAGUUGAGAUCUGCUCUUCUCUUCAUUUUCGUGACCUUAUUUCGCCCUUUUUGGAUAGAUUUGUGACUGGUGAUGAAAAAUGGUGGUUUAGUAAUGGGGAAAAGGCCCAACCACAACCGAAAAUGGAACUUCAUGCGAAGAAGGUUCUUCUCUCUAUCUGGUGGGAUUGCAAAGGAAUUAUUCACUUUGAGUUGCUGCCAACUAAUGCGACAAUCAAUGCUCAAGUCUAUUGUCAGCAAUUAGAGCGUUUGAACGCGGCUUUAAAGAAAAAAGACCUGUUUUAG